UGGCACGUACCUACAGGCCUCCCUGCCUCGCUCCCGCUUUCCCCACUCCCAGUCCCAGUGAUCUCUCCCACCGCCUCCGCCGCCGCAGCGUCCCGCGACGAUGGCCUCCCCACCCCGACCCCGCCGCCUUCCCCCCGCCCUCCUCGUCCUCCUCCUCCCGCUGCUCGCUGCCGCCGACCGCGUCCUCGAGGACGGCUACACCGUCACCACCGCGGCCGACCUCAACCCCCACCCCGUGGCCCACCCGUACGCGCUCCUCCCGCGGCCCGGCUCCGGGGACCUCGUCCUCCUCGACUCUGCCGACUCCGCGAUCUACACCCUCGCCCUCCCCGGGGGCGAGCUGCGCAGGCUCGCGGGGGGCAAACCGCCCGGGUUCAACGACGGCGGGCCCGACGACGCCGCGUUCAACCGCCCGCGCAGCAUCGCCGUCGACGGCGCCGACAACGUCUACGUCGCCGAUCGACUCAACCGCGCUGUCCGCAAGGUCGCGCCCUCCGGUUUCACUGCUACAAUUGCUGGAGGCCACUCAUCAGGGUGGGGUCACAGGGAUGGACCAGCACAGAAUGCUACCUUCUCCCAAGACUUUGAGCUUGUUUAUGUUCCUAAAAUUUGUGCACUUUUAGUUGCUGACAGAGGAAAUCGAAUGAUUAGACAAAUCAAUCUAAAGCCAGAAGAUUGUGCACAUGAGACACAGCCAGGCUUGGGAACUACAUCGGUGUCGAUCAUUGCAGUACUGUGUGCGUUGUUCGGUUCAAUUAUCGGGUUCUUAGUUCGUCAUUUUUACCCUUUCCAUGAAAUCUCCAUCAACCACUUUUUCAGCAGGAUACAGAAGCAAUACAGGACAAUCCGGAGGAAGACAACUCUGAUCAGCUUCUGCGACAUAAAAAGCGCAGUUGCUAACUCCUUGUUUUACACCCUCCUGCUUAAACUGGUUAGAGUUAGUCAUGGCUAUCUUACUGUGGUGUUCCCUAGCGUUAGGUUAGAGCAAGGAGUUCCCUAUAAGCCUUUUCAUCAUCAUGAUUUAGACAAGACUCGCACUACUUCUAACAUCGGUCUUCAUAACAAAGCUCUUGCUCCUUCCGAGCAAUUGGGGGAUCUGAUAAGCUUUGAUGGAGAUGCCAGUGGAAAGGAGGAUAAUGGAGACGCCAAUAGUCCGGAGGGUAAGGAGCCAUCCUUUGACGAUGACUUGAUGGGGCUUCUAGACACCCCACCGGGCAGUGUUAAGAAAAUUGAUCACAUGAUCAAGGCCAACUUAUCAGGGUUUUCAGGUCAGGAGGGACGCCAUAGUUUAACUGUUAGUAGUAAUAGUGUAAGCAGGAGGAGGUUGCAUGGAGGCAAUGAAGUUCUCUGAGCUUGACGUCACCCUCGAGCAUGUGUACAUUGGAGGACCAAUGCCACCUGUGUAGCUGUGUCGUACCUGCUGAAGCAGUUCCUACUAAUAUACUGCAUCAGCACCAGUAUUUGCCUUGUGAACAAGUAAAAGAACUCCGUACCAAAUGUUUGUAUCUUGUGUGGCCAUGGCAUGUAAGAUUUUAAAUACACCUGGGUAUUGUAAGUCCAUGUGAUGAUGCCUAGAAUUUCUGUCUGGUGACAGCUUCGUGGUGUCUAGUAAUGUAUGAGUUGUUUUAUGUGA